UCUCGACGUGCGGGCGGGCGGAGCAGGUGGCCUCUGGUGUGAGGCCAGGGCGUGGGGGUGGGCGGACCCGGGCGUGAGGCCAGUGCGUGCGGGCAGGCAGAGCAGGGCGGUCUGAGCUCGGCGUGCGGGUGGGCCUCUGGGCGAGCGUCGGUCGGGGUGGUAGAGCACGGCCGCCGUCGUGCUGCCUCUGGGCGGAGCCGGCUCCCCCUCUCCCCAGGUGACGGCGCUGGACAGUUCCAGGAGACUGCUGUGGCGGCGACGGCGACGACGGCGCCAUGUCCAAGUGGGGUAGCUCGGCUACUCAAUCGAGGGGCAGUGGAGCGUCCAGGAUGGUUGAGCGCCAUCUGGAGCCAAGCUCGAUGUGGGAGCUGCAGCCAUAUCCUCUUGGUAAGGAGACUGGACUCCCCUUGAUCCCAUGCCCUGACUGUGGGAUGGCGAGGGUGAUAGAGAGGCGGUCAGGGAAGGACACGACCGAGAACUACCUGCGUGUGUUCUUCAAAUGUCCACGGAACUCAUUUCCUAAGCUUUGCGGGUUCUAUAAUUUCCAAAGGCAGUAUUUGGAUAAGCUGGAGGAGCUUGGCAUUGUCGCAAUCCACAAAUUCCCCCUGGCAGUGGACAUUGGUGAUGAAGCUGAAGAGGUAGCAGAUGCAUCAUCUGGGAGAAUGGUCAUGAAUAUGCGGGCUGGUGAACUACAGAUUGAGGCCAAGGUGGACAAUCUUGCGUGCAAGUUCAACCUUUUGAUGUCUGUUUUAGUAGUUGGUCUUGGCUGUGUGUUGAUGUAUGUUGCAGGCAGGCAGUGAAGUCAAGUUCACUGCAUAAUGUAUUUUAGUCU